AUGACCAUCAGGACCCCACCCACACUCCUGCAGCUGGCAGGAGAGAGCCUGCUGAGGGACCAGGCCUCAGCCAUCGCAGCUCUGGAGUACAUGCCUGCUGAGCUCUUCCGGCUGCUGUUCAUCCUGGCUUACCAUAGUAGACGCUACUCGUCCCUGAAGGCAAUGGCUCAAGCCUGGCCCUACCCUGUCCUCCCUCUGGGGCACCUGAUGCAGCAGCCUCGGCUCAAGGUCUUAAAAGCUGUGUUGGAUGGGCUUGACCUUCUGCUUGCCCAGGAGGUUCGCCCCAGGAGGUGGAAACUGCGGGUGCUGGAUUUAAGGGACAUGGGUGCCAAGUUCAGGAGAAUGUGGUGUGGAGACAGCACCCAUAAGCGCUCACCGACAGGACGAGUGACUGUGCACAGGUCCAGCCCCAACAUGGAGCACCCCUUAGCUCCCGUGGAGGUGUUCCUAGACCUUAACUUCAAUGACAGGGACAGGGAUGAGUUGUUCAUGUACGUCAUCCAAUGGGCCCAGCAGAGGGAAGGGCUGCUACACCUGUGCUGCAAGACGCUGAGGAUUGCUGAGGUGCCCUUCCAGAGGGUGAGGAAGGUCCUGGAUGCGGUGCAGCUGGACUGCAUCCAGGAGGUGGAAGUGAACUGCACCUGGGACCUGCCCACCCUGGGGACGUUUGCUCUUUACCUGGGUCAGAUGAGGAACCUGCAGAGACUCUCUCUCUCCUACAUCCACGUGUUGAGUGAGGAGGAUGAAGAGCAGGAGGAAGAGGAAGAGGAGCAGGAGGAAGAGGAAGAGGAGCAGGAGGAAGAGGAGUGGGACAAGGAACUGCAGGAGGAGCAGGAAUCCUUUUCCCAAUUCCUCUCUCAGAUGCUCAGGCUGCAGCACCUCAGGGAGCUCGACAUGGAGUCCCCCUACUUCCUCCGAGGCCGUCUGGACCAGAUGCUCAGGUGCCUGCAGACCCCCUUGGAAAAACUCACCAUAACGCAUUGCCGGCGCCUGACCCAUUCAGACCUGACACACCUGUUCCAGUGCCCGAACCUCAGGCAGCUGAAGUCCCUGUGUCUGUUUGGCCUCAGUCUCAUUGAUUUUCAUCCUGAGCCCCUCGGAGCUCUGCUGGAGGCAGUGGCACCCACCCUCCAGGACCUGUGCCUUGAUAACUGUGCCAUGGUGGACUCCCAAGUCGAGGCCAUCCUGCCUGUCCUGAGCCGCUGCCACCAGCUCAGGGAGUUCACCAUCUCUGAGAACAACUUCUCCGUGGCCACCGUGGGGAAGCUGCUGCGCCACACAGCCGGGCUGCACAGUUUAGAGCUGGAGCUGUACCCAAUCCCUCUGGAGUGUUACACGACCCAGGACACUGUCAACCAGGAGAGACUUGCCCUGGUCCGGGCUGAGCUGACGGGGAUACUGAGGGAGUUAGGACAGCCCAGGACUAUCUGUCUUGGCACCAAGUACUGUAAUCGAUGUGGCAUCAGUAAAUUUUAUGACGUGGAGUUUUAA